AUGAUCCCAAUCUCGAUCAGCUCGACAAACACGGUCUUCAACUUCACCCAUUGGUCUGACGACUUUGCUCUCGAACAAUUCCUAGCUGGCGCAACGACACGACCGGAUGCUGGCUUUUCAGGUAUCGUCGAAGGCACGGUACAAAUAGAUGCCGACUACAACAUUGCCGCUUCGUUCUGCACCCCUAAGUACCCAUCUGGCUACGGAAAGGAGAAGGAGAUACUCCUCGCAACUCAUGGUAUUGGACCUGGACGCGAGCACUGGAAUUCGGCGUACAAGCCUGAAACGUACAACUUCGUUCAGCAUGCCAUCGAUCGACGGUAUUCAGUGUUCUUUUAUGAUCGUCUCGGCUGUGGGUUGUCGUCCAAGCUGUCUGGAUACGAAGCACAACUCAGUCAGGGCAUUGCAGUACUUCGAGAGCUCGCUACCAUCGUACGCGGGGGACAGUAUACUGGAGCGAUUGGUAUGCCUUCGAAGCUUGCCUUGAUUGGGUUCUCAUAUGGAUCGUACAUCACUCAUUUCACCAUCACCGACACUCCUGACAUCGCCGAUGCCGUUGUUUUGACAGGUAUUGGGCUUAACACGACUGGGGUCAACGGGAAUGGCUUGCUCCGGUCUUUUGCACCUCGGAUUGCUAGUGCUCAGAAGGAGAAGCGUUUUGCUCAGCUUGACAGCGGCUAUCUAAGCUGGGCAGAUAUCUUGGCUAUGACCUUGAACUACUUCUACUAUCUGAACUACGAGGUCGCGGCCGCCGAGUACACCGAAAGGAAGAAACAGGCAUUCUCGAUCGGAGAGUUCCUGACCUUCAACGGAGGCUUCUAUGGCAAUUACGACGCAAGCCGGUUCACUGGCUCCGCUUUAGCCAUAACCGCUGAAACAGAUUACAUAGUCUGUGACGGCUACUCUCCUGGCAUAUACGACGAGCCUGCGGACACGUAUUACAGAAACGCGAAAAAGUUUGUCAAACAUCUGGUCCCCGAGGCAAGCCAUAACAUCAAUUUCCACAAGAACGCUCCAGCUACCUAUGGUGUUAUUCUUGAUUUCUUAAGUGAGAACAUGUGA